AUGACUAAGUUACUUGCCCUCGCAGCUGCUCUUGCACUGCCUUUUUUCUCCGCCGCAGCACCACUCGGAACUGAAAAUGAUGGAUCAAGAAUCGUCAACGGAACAAUUGCAGACCCGGGCCAAUUCCCUUCCAUGCUGUUAAUGUCUCUACGAGGUGGUCCGCUGGACUGCGGCGCUGUGCUGAUUGGCCCCAAGACUGCCCUCACAGCCGCACACUGCCUUAGAGGUGCCCAGAAAAUUCAGGUCCGCGCAGGAAGCACCCAACAAACAUCGGGUGGAGUGGUAUCCCAAGUUUCAUCUUGGCUGAUCCAUCCGGAAUGGACUCGGCCAGAUUCAUUCGAUCUUGCUAUCCUAUACUUGACAGACUUUAUUCGUGAGACCGAACACAUUCGCUACGCGGAGCUGCCGGCGCACGGCCACGAUCCUCGGGGCGGCAAACCCGUAACAGUUGUUGGCUGGGGAGCUAUAUAUGAUGGCGGACCGUCGUCUCAGAAUUUGCGCUUUGUCACUGUUCCUGUUAUCUCACGACCCCAUUGCAGACUGUUGCAUGCAGGCCGUCCAUUGCCCGUCACGGAAGCCGAGGUAUGCGCUGGUAAGCCGCACUAUGAUUCUUGCUUCGGAGACAGCGGCGGUCCUUUAUUCACCGCAGGAACCAACAAACUCGUCGGCCUUGUGUCUCGGGGCUACUCGUGCGCUACGACAUAUGGAGGAGUUUACACCAGAAUCGGCUACGGCGUCGACUGGAUCAGGGACCACAUGAUCGAGCGCCCCCGGCCCACGCCGUCCGCCACACCGGCUCCCCCACCAGCCCCGGCGCCAUCGCAGGCAACGCCCACAAACAAGCCAGAGCAGACCAAAGGUUUCAGAGACUAA